GCCCAGCCUGGAUACUUACGCAUUUAUGUUUGCCUCACAUAUAUAUAGCCUCCGGACCUGGACAGUGUUGUCGAGGUGUUCCCUGAGGACGGAGCUCCCCUUUCCCAACUCCCAGAGACGAAACUGACGCCCUCAUCAGCGCCUCAACCCCCUGGCUCAGCAUCUCCGAAUACGGCAAAACCCGCAAAUCACAGCUCGAGCACCUCCUCUACGAGCAAAUGCAGGACAUUGCAAAACUCCAGAAAUCGUUCACUCAGGCCUACGAUAUCGACGCGGGAGUGUGGAAGCCGCCAAGAUUACCUGCCGAUUUGCCGAUUGAGCCUUAUGAGCAUGCCCGAGAGGAUGGGGAGGUGGAUGAGAGCAAGCAGAUGUUGAGGGAUAUGGAGGAGGUGUUGGUUGAGCUGGCAAGGAGGAGUGGGGAGGGCGUUGUGCCUGCUUCGAUGGAGGGAGUGGAGAGUGGGGUUUCGUUCAGGGAGAUUGAUGCCGUCUACGAAAAAGCCUACGCACAACUACGAAUGGAACAAUUCUCCCAACUCCAACGCAUGAUCUCCCGCCAAUUGGACCUCGGCCGCGGCCUCCUCCCCACCCUCGCCGCCUCCGCCCCCUGGAAAACCAUUGUCUGGGAAGGCCAGUUCAACCACGGCAAGCUCCCCAUCUCUCCCAUCCAAAUCAUUGGUCGCACCACCACACCCCUCGACCUCCCCGGACAAGAAAUUACCGUCACCCUGAGCACCGAUUUCGCCGUCGUCCCCUCCCGCCGCGGCAACGAAGCCAACGUCCGCUUCGUCCGCCAAUGGUGCACGGACCCACACCCGAAAUACAUCCUCCGCAUCGCCCCCGGGGCAACUCCCCAACAACACCAGGAACUGAUGCGGUUCCUAGAAGUCAGCAAAGUCGGGCGGAAACUCUACGUCGCGGAGCUCCCGGGUGAGCCGCGGCGGCAGUUUGUGUUUGUGCCGUUUUGUUUUGUUAAAGUGCCGAGCGGGUGUCACCCGAGGUUACGGGAGUUGGUGAGGGAUGACGCGACCGGUUGUCUUGCGAUACUGGUGUGGAGGAAUAAUGUGCCGGGGGGGGAUAGGGAGGGGGAUUGUUGGGGGUUUGAUCCAGGGGUUGUGGUGCCGCCGCCGCCCGCUGCGUUGCUGCAACAACCAGUCCCACCCUCGAAUGCGUCCAUCCCACCCUUCCUUGGCCCACACACCACAGCAACCACCAGACGAAUCCCCCUAACGAGAAAACCCACCAACGACCCACCCCCACCCGCCCCAAUCGGGAUCCCCCAACCCUUCACGACCCCACAACCCCUCGCCUCACCCCUCCUAGACGCCCUCUACGCCCGCCCACCCCUCGACCAACAACCUUCCUACUGGACACCCGCCGCCGUUCCUCCAGCUCCCCUAGCCGACACCCCCCCACCAUCCCCACACACAUCGCCAACGCCAUAUCAAACCACCGCCUGGCCUCCCCCGCAACAGCAAAGCGCACCGUGGCUCCCCAGCACAACCACCAUAACACCCACAACCAUUUUUACUUCGAACACGGCGCUUACGGCGUCACCCACAUCCCUUCGAUUCUCGCUCCCGCUUGAAGGCAUCGAUCAAGCGGCGUUGCAGGCGUUGCAGAGCUUGUUGAAUGCCGCAGGGCGCGUUUGGGACGCGGGCGAGGGGAGAGGGCCGCCGAGGGAUCCGAGGUUGCCGAAGGGGCCGGAGGGGUGACUGGUAGCGGAUCCCCUGGCUGGGUGAAUCUCCGUGUUGCCCUAGCAAACCCAGGAGGAGUGGGUGAAAAAACAGGUGCAAAUGGACUGGAGAUUACCCUCUCGCGUUGGUCCAAGCGGGCGUACUGGAGAUAAAUAACCCGUCGGUUAUGAGUGGUUGUAACGUGCCAGAAUAUA